UAGCCUUCAAACCGAGACAAUCUAGAAAUCGAAAUUUCGCACAAUUUCCAGAAACGAUGAAGCCCAUUUCUAUCCUGUUUGCUUCCUUGGCUGUAGUUUGGACGGGCUUGCCGGAGGUGUCCACACUAAACGUGUCACAUGCGCUUAUGACACUUAUCAUGUUAUUAAUCAAGACCAUCAUGAACCUCAACGGUGAAACCGUACCGCUGUCUCCUUCCGUUCUGGCAGAGCAGUCCACGCUCGGCGAUCAGGUGCAAGUCGCAACCACCCAGCUCCGCGCCUCGCUUAACGACCCUUCGUCACUACCCGUCGUAUCUGCCGCCCUUUUAGAGUCUCAGCUCACCCAACUGCAAAACUCCGUUAACACUUUGGUCCCAAUCCUUAACGCGACCAUGACAUCCCUGCAGACCCAACUGGACGAAGCCCUAGCGGCAGGAAAUGUCGUGUCGGUGGGACAAAUUCAGCCACAAAUUCCUGUCGUGGGAAAAUUAUUGAAUGCGGUGACUGAGAUUCCACUCGUUGGCGAUCUUAUUAGGGGUAUACUCACAGGACUUAACAUCACGAACUAAACCAUUGCUACCAUUCCAACGACGGGUUAAGAAAUAAUUUGCCUUGAAUUAUUUGUGAAUUUAUAUAAUGAAAUUAAUUCUUUACACGUAAGCAUUAUUGAAAAAAUGUAAAUCUGAAUUUAUGUAUGAUACCCCUAAAAUUUAAUGUUUAUCUGGGCAUAAUUAUAAAUUGAUGAUCCUGGUCGCUGUUUCACGUUUAAUAAAUUGAAUUUACCGAAUUUC